CUUUAGCCCAGAGAAGUAAACGGGCCAGAACCCGCUAAGCUAAAGACCCAAAUAACAGACAGCUCACUAGGUCUUCCUCCUUGUGACUCUGCUUUCUUCCUCGUCUCCCAUCCAGCCGCCACCAUGUGCGUACUUCUCCUCCAAUCCCCAGGGUUUAGUUCUCUCUCUUCCAUAGAGAGAUCACAGAUCUGUUAGCAAAAAAUGGAUGAUCCUCAAAUUGAAACCCAGAUCUCAGAUCUAUCAGCAGGAAGAACAAAAUGAAGAAAGAAACCUGGUGAUAAAAGUGCUUUUGGCUAGUCAAAGGUACCUAAAAUUGCACAUUAUUCUCAGCAGCAAGAAUACAAAGAUUUGGCAGAUAGAAGUCAUGAGAACAAGGUACCUAAAAUUGCACAUUAUACUCAGCAGCAAGAAUACAAAGAUUUGGCAGAUACAAGUCAUGAGAACAAGGUACCUAAAAUUGCACAUCAUUCUCAGCAGCAAGAAUACACAGAGUUUGCAGAUAGAAGUCAUGACAACAAGGUGCUCAAAAAUUUGUAUCAACGCAACAAACAUAUGCAGCCACUUAUAGAAUCAUUCAAUGGGAUUCCUGAGGAUGCACUUUUGGGACCAGACCUAUAGCCCAUUCCUAGACAGAAAGAAUCAAGUCAACAGG